AUGGCCGAGUCGGCCGUCAGCGCGGUGGUCGGCAACGUGAGUACCCUUGCGCUUCAGGAGACCACGUUGCUGUGUGGCGUCAGCACUGAAGUGGAGUUCCUGAAAGAUGAGCUCAAGCGGCUGCAAGGCUUCCUUAGGGACGCCGACAGCAAACGAAGGAUGGGAGUUUCGGGUGUUGCUGUCUUGGUGAGCCAGAUCAGAGACGCGGCGUAUGAGGCUGAGAAUGUCAUCGAAGCUGCAGACCACAUGCACAAGAGAAACAGAUUGAAGAAGGGAUUCAUGGGCGCCAUUGCAAGGUAUGCUCGUCUACCAAGUGAUUUAAGUACCCUUCACAAAGUUGGUGUCGAGAUCAAACGUGUAAGAAGGAAGAUAUCUGAGAUAUUUGAGAGUGCAAACCGUUUGAAAAUAAUUGAUUUGGGGAAUGGUUCAGUGGAGAAUGCUCAUGUUAAUGAUGAGUUCCAACAAGACUAUGGUCCUAUGCACCAAAGCUUUGAAUAUAUUGACCUUGUUGGUUUCGAGGAGGAAUACAACGAAAUAGUGAAAAAGUUAGUUGACACUCGAGACCAUCUUAGCCUCAGUGUUGUCUCCAUAGUUGCCAUGGGUGGGGCUGGGAAAACAACACUUGCUAGAAAAGUCUACACCUCAUCUAGAGUCAAAGAACACUUUGGGGAAAUUGCUUGGGUGACUGUAUCUCAAAAGUACAAGGGCAUUGAUUUACUAAAGGAUAUCUUCAAACAAAUAAUGGGCAGCGGAGAUGAGUCAAUUGAUAAAAUGAAUGAGUAUGAGGUGGGGAAAAAAAGAUCCAUGAUUUUCUGUUGCAAAGAAGAUACUUAG